AUGUACGGAAAUAUUAAAACAGUAAGAGACCCCGGACUCAUCUUUGUCCUUCUUGUUGCCAGUCUGAUGCUUCGGAUCCACAUCCGCUUUCUCGCCAGCAACUUUGAGCAUGAAUCGCACGAGAACCCGCAGGGUGCAGCUUGCAUCAUUGCCCGCAUUGUGCAGGUCAGCAGUCGGCAGAUUCAGUUCUCGAAGCAUUUUUGCAAGACCUGGUUUGUCCCUGAUCCCGUGCUCUACAAAGUACAGCUGCGCCACAUCCACGACCUCACGAAUGGCAGACGACGAACUAUCCAGGGUGUCGAGUUCAAUAAGAACUUGGCUGUUGUGUUUCUUCAGGAUUUUCAAAUCAUUAUGAAGGUAUCCCGUGCUCUACACAGUAGGUUAAUCUUCACUGGACGAGCGAUGUUCCUGCGAGAAUUGGUGCCUCGCUUGCAACCUCAGGCCGCGGCCAUCAUGCACCAGCCACACCCAGGUUACAGUUCAUUGCACCCCGAGAAAGAAUUCACUGCACCCCCAAGUCACAUUUUUCACGUGAAACGUGGGGACAGUGUGAUGUGGUGGGGCCCGUGGGGGGCAGAAGACAGGUGA